UUGGUUUCGUGGGAGGGUUAAUAUAUAAAUAUACCUGAAUAUUACAAAACAUACUAAUUUGGAAUAUCAUCUUAAGGUGUCUAUAAGAUAGGAUUAUAUGAUUUUGAAGUAGUUUGGAAAUUUACCAUUAUCAGGACCAUUGUUUAAAAGUGUGAGUGUUCAGCUGAAGCUCAGUGGGAGUUGAUUAGCUGUCUGGAUUUAGUGAGGGUGGCAGAUGUCUGUGAGUGUCUCUUUGGCCUCUUCUUAUCCCUUCAUCCCCUUCAGUGGUUUCAUGUGAGCCUCAGAGCUCUGUCAGACUGCAGGAAUGCCUGGCGCGAGCAGAUGAGGCUUAAAGUACGGCUUAAAGGAGCAGAAGCUGUGAAGCUGGAGGUGUGUGACAGUGUAUAUCUGCAGAGGCACUGCCCUUUCAGGCAGGAUGGAAGGCCGCUGGAACUUGCUGAAGGCUCUAAUGGUGUGGGAGCUGCUGUGGCUUCCCUGGUCAUGUCUGUGCCAGCGGAGACAGGAACUGCCCGUGCUGUGGAUUAUGCCUCUGAGCAGCGAGCCAGCAUGGGGGAAUGUCACAGCAGAGGUGAUGCCUGCAGUCCAGCUCGCACUGCAGCACCUGGGCAAGCAACCUGCUCCUUUACGCAAUUACGAGCUUCAGUUCCACUUUGCAGAUUCCAAGUGUGACAAUGCCAAAGCACUGAAAGCCUUUUUUGAGGCCAUAUUCUAUGGUCCUAAACACCUGAUGGUAUUUGGAGGGCUGUGUUCAUCAGUGACGUCUAUCAUCGCUCAGUCUCUGAAGGCCUGGAAUCUCCCACAGCUGUCGUUUGCUGCCACGUUACCUGCAUUAGCAAAUAAAAGAAGAUACCCAAACCUCUUCCGCAUUGUGCCAUCAAACAGUGCAGUUAACCCAGCGCUGGUGAAGUUCCUUAGUAAUUAUGGAUGGAGGAGGGUGGGCACUCUGACCCAGUUGGAGGAGAGGUUCACUGAGGUGCAGAAGAACUUGGCUGAACAUCUCAAACAGGCCGGAGUUGAGCUGGUAGAAGCACAGUGGUUCUCUGGUGACCCGUGUGCUGCUAUAAAGACACUAAAAGAAAAUGAUGUGAGGAUAGUGAUUGGUCAGUUUGAUGAGUUUUCAGCUGCAAAAGUCUUCUGCUGUGUAUAUCAUUUAGACAUGUUUGGCCUUAAGUACCAGUGGAUUCUCUCAGGCUGGUCGGAGACGAGCUGGUGGACUCACACUGGCACCUCCAGCUGCUCUGCUCAGAGUGUACUGAGUGCAAUGGAGGGUGCUGUCAGUGUGGACUUUGAGACCCUCAGUUCCCAACACAUCAGAGGGGUUUCAGGCAGAACACCACAAGAAUACAAGCAGGAAUAUGACAAAAGGUGCAUGCUGAAGGGUCUGGGUUCCAGUAAGUUCCAUGGCUUUGCAUAUGAUGGCACUUGGGUGGUGGCUAAAGCUCUGACACGGGUCAUGGAGACGCUGAAAUACAGAGAGAAGUACAGCGCACACCGCAACUUUACUGUUACUGAGAGAGAGAUGGCUAACAUGAUACUGCAAGCCAUGAGUGACACAAAGUUCUUUGGCGUGACUGGGCAAGUUCUGUUCCGCAAUGGUGAGAGGGUGGCAACAAUCAAAUUUGCCCAGUUUCAAGCUGGCAGAGAGGUCCAGGUUGGAGAAUACAGCAAUAUUACAGACAGGCUGGAGUUUGCCGGUCCCAUCUGGUUCAAAGGACAUGAGCGUACAAGGGACCAUACCCAUGUGUAUCCUCAGAGGAUGGAGAUCAGCAUGGUGCUCUAUAGCAUUUUAGCAUCCAUCUCCGUGUUAGGCAUUCUCGUGACAAUUGUCUUCCUCUUCUUCAACAUCCAGAACCACAAUCACAGGGUGGCCCAGAUGUCCAGCCCUUCACUGAACACUCUGCUAAUACUGGGUACUCUGUUAUCUUACUCAUUCAUCUUCCUCUUUGGAUUGGAUGGUUCAUAUGUGCCUGAAGGAGUGUUUGAUGCUCUGUGCGCGAUCAGAAUAUGGCUCAUAUCCAUUGGACACUCAACAGCUUUUGGGGCAAUGCUUGCCAAAAUGUGGAGACUUCAUCUCAUCUAUGAAAGCAUCAGCUUUCGGAAAAGGAACAUAAAGAACUACAUGCUUAUUGGAAUAGUCUGCGGUCUGCUGCUGGUGGAUAUGUGUCUCUUAACUAGCCUGCAAGUUUUGGAUCCUUUACGAGGGACAGUGAAGGAGUUCAGUUUGGAGUUUGAUCCUCAUGGUAGAGAUUUUGCCAUUCGGCCAUUUUUGGAGCACUGCGAGAACAUUCAUAUGAACAUCUGGAUGAUGAUCAUGUACCUUUAUAAGACUCUGCUAGUGCUGCUUAGCUGUGUUCUGGCCUGGAAGACACGACACUCAAACACGCUCACUCUGAGCCACAGCAGGUGUACUUGGAUCAGUGUGUGUAUCGCAGGCCCUUUAAGUGUCAUUGGUGCCUUUCUGGCUUUACUGACCAGAGAUCAGCCAAAUGUGCAGUUCUGCAUUGUGGGCGUCAUCAUCAUCACCUGCUGUUCCGUCACUCUGAGUUUGGUCUUCAUUCCAGAGAUAAUCCUGAUGAGGACAGACCCUGAUGGAGCAUCCCUGUCUAAGCAGUUCCACUCUGCUGAAAGAGAGAAAGAGAGUGAAAGAGUGAGUGAGGAGAAGGAAAGCAGCACCAAGCAGACAGACUCCAGUGCAUCCAGCUCUAUGACACUGAUCAGCACAGCUCUAAUUGACCUCCUACAGUCAGACAACAAAUAUCUGACCAUGUGCAUCAGUGAGCUGGACAUGGAGCUGGAGGAACUGACCAGGCAGCUGAGGGAACUGAGCACUCUCUCAUACACAAACAUGGUGAACAUGCAAGACUCUGGGGAGCAGACAGACAUUGUGACCCCUGGUUCCUAUCACUACCAUUGUAAAGAAAUCCAAAUUGGCACUGAGAAAUGUCAGACGCUUCCAGUGGGCUGUAGUGGCUGCAAAGACACAGAAGACAUCAACUCUCCUGAACAUGUCCAGCGGAGACUGUCACUGCAGCUGCCUAUUCUUCACCACGCCUACCUGCCCUCUAUUGGAGGAGUGGAUGCCAGCUGUAGCACCCCUAGCAGCCCCAGCACACAGCCAAGAGCACUUAUGGACCUAUGGCAUUAAUGGGUCUACAAGCCAGGUGUCUGAAUCGGAGUCAUCAGAGUCUGGCAGGUUUCGGGGCACAACAUGGCCAAGAACCACCUUCAUUUACAGGAAUGGUUCAUUUGACUGACAUGAAGUAAUGAGUCAGGUCAGACUUUUGUGUUUGCAUGACGUGUCAAAAUACUGCAACAACAAAAACAGACCAAAAUAAGAAGCAUGCCCGUAGGCAAAUAUGCACGAUAUCUCAUGCACUUGCUUUUAAAUGCUUUAAACAAAACCUGAAUAACCUUUAAAGGACAUGCUGUGAUUUUCAAUUUGGUGUCUAUUUCUAUCUCCAACAGGCACUUAUCUUCAUGGUUUGCAGAACUGGCAGCUGAUUGCUGCUGAUGACCAGCUAGCAUUUAGCUUGAUAACCAAAUGUUUGGUUCCCAUCAAACUGGUAAAACUGGUUGACAGAAGUGUAUAUAUAUAUACAGCAAUGUGAUCAGCCAAUCAAAGAUUUUGUGGUUUUGGCCAUUUUAGCAUACAAUAAAUAUCAGAUGUCAGUCUGUGUUGCUCUGUGGGCAGAAUGUCUGGUGCUGACGAGACUGUGGCAUUAAUGGAACCAUGACCUACACCCCACAGCGUCCUGCUCAUGUUCAUGACUAUAAAAAUGCAAUUUGUGAAAAUUUCAUACAGAAUUUGUCAAGAGCAUAAAUGUCUUCUAUUUAAAUUUUUAAACAUUUUGCAUAACAUUCAUUAUUUCCAUACUCACUGGCUCAUUAACUACCAUUAAUGCGCUAUUAAUGACAGCCAAACAUGAUGGCAAACAGAAUCAGAAAGAAAGCUUGAGCGAGAGAUGUUGUGUUUUGGGCUCAAUGGGUUACAUGUACUAUAUCAUCCAUUUUUACCCUUCUCCAAAGCUGUUAAUGGCUCAGGCUCACAAUGCAAUAGCAUAUAACAUUUGUAUUGGUUUAGAUACAACCAUUCUUCUAUGUCAUUUGAACACAGCAGCUGCCCUUUACAUUACAUAAACAUUUCAUGUUGCACGGACCAAUAGAAAUGGUUGAAAAUGACUCGUUACAUCACCUAACAUUAAGAAUGUUUUUGCCUUCUCUUGUCAAAAAUACACUGUUGUGAACAAGACACAAUAAUGUUAAUAAGACUUAGCAGGCUAAUUUCCCAAAAGCAUCACAGCAUGAUGGUCACUGCAGGAAAACUUCAACAGCUGACAUUAGUUUAACAGUACAGAUACCUCAUAAAUCUUGGUUAAAGUUUUUUUUCUUGGUCCUUGACAUGUGUUUUUUAUUUGACUCUGUUAGCAGCGUCGCUGAUAAAUGUUACGUUUCUGUAAAUUAAAUGGAACUAAGGAAACAUGA